GUCUCUACACCAAAAUAGCCUAGCCCACAGACGAAAGAGAGAACAGGAUAUCGGCGAAUAUAGGUGGUGGUGGGGUUUAACGUUCAGUAUUAGAGCUGUUUUAUUACUGGAUGUGUAUGCAUGAGUUCUGCACCGAAUGGGCGCAAGAACCGCCCCAGAUCCGCAGGGAACAUCUUCCAGAUCGGCAAGGCUCCCUACCGAGAUCCGGAGAGGAGGGAGAGCACCGAGAGCACACGCAAAGCUCAGAGCGCCGUGACAGACUGCAGAAUGGUAGGUAUGGAGCUUGCGACAUUUACCUCACAGUGCUUAUUUCCUCUGCAUGUUGCAGCUAAAGUCGUGUAUUCAUCCACACUUUGUCUUUCUUCAAGUAAUUUAAUCUAUUUGCACUAAAGUUGGCUGUUUAAACUGCAACAAACUGCAAAUGCACCCACCCCCUCCUUUGUAUGUAGGCCUAUUGUCUGGUGAAAAUGAAACCCAUUUGCGUUGCUGUUGUUGCAGAGAAGACAAAUUGACCUGCUCAUGUUUUUUUACCCGUUCUUUGUCAUUGAUUGCGAUGGUGCGAUUUGCAUUUUGGAGCAUCAAGUGUUGGAUGCCCGGAUGACGAUGAUUUGGGAUGAUCUCCAAUAUCGCCUACAUUACAGAGUUGUCUAACGGGCUCUGUUUGAUGGACGCAGAUGGCCACUGAUUUGACAGGUGCUGGCAGAACCGUCCAUAUGUAUUCUCUCCCCUCUCAUACGGUACAUCAGUGAACGUCACUGAGUCUCAGCACGGGGAGAACAGCAGAAUGCUUCUGAGUCUUGAUCGCUGGUAGAAAUUAAAAGCGUUGUCCCAUCUAAAGGAUUCAAUGCUCUACUUCGAUGCACAUAGCCGAACUUAGUAUAAUGGGUUGUUGUCAAUUAAUAAUUAAUUCGUUUUACAUAGGUACAUUCUCUUUGUCAUUUCAUAUCCUAUAGAUGUAAUGUUGUUAGGCAUCAAUAUUGAUUAGCCUAUCUUUUGUAUAGUGGAGGUUGGAAUAAUACCCCUGUCCAGGGAUCAGUGCUUUUUUGGAAAUGGCUGUCAAUGUAUUCAAGAUAUGCUCUGGUGUAGAGAGAAACGAUGGACUGAAAUGUGCAGAGUUGCUGUCCAUAGGAUGGUGCUGAAUGGCUAGGUCAGUUAUUGAACCUGUCUUCAUUGUGUCCCCAUUGUAAAACCUAAAGCUGCUAAAUUGAGAGCCUACCUGUGAAUAUAGGAUGACUAUUGCUCGGAUCUAACCUACAAGUCAAUAUAUUGUUCUAGCAACUGCUGUCGCAAGUCUGCUGCUGAAAUGUUUACAAUUCCCCAUGAGAAAGCCACAUAUGAUUUCAAUAGCCUGCAUUAUCUAACCGACAGUGCAUUUGGAAAGUAAUUAGACCUCAUGACUUUCUCCACAUUUUGUUAAGUUACAGCCUUAUUGUCAGAUGGGGUGAUGUGUAUGCGGCGGUGAAGUCAGGCGCAGGACACAGAGGAUCAAGAUGACUACUUUACUUCAAGUAAACACGCACAAAACAAAAGUCUCCACAACACUGGUUGAGUAACACGCGCUGUGCGUAAAAGGCGAACUAGAAUUGCCGAACAUCAAACAGGACAAAAUGACAAUAACACACAAAGGCCAAACGUAAAACAAGGGAACUUAUAUGUUACACAAUCAAAACAAAAUAAGUAACAGGUGUACAAACUAGACAACACAAGACAAACACCGAAACAUCGAUCGGCAGUAGCCAGUACUCUGGGGAUGACGAACGCCGAAGCCUGCCCGAGCAAGGAGGAGGAGCAGCCUCGGCGGAAUCCGUGACAGUACCCCCCCUUGACGCGCGGCUCCAGCCGUGCGCCGACCCCGGCCUCGGGGACGGCCAGGAGGACGCGGAGCAGGGCGAGUGGGAUGACUCCGGUGGAACUCCGUCAGGAGGGAGGGAUCUAAGAUGUCCCUCCUAGGCACCCAGCACCGUUCCUCCGGACCGUACCCCUCCCACUCCACGAGAUACUGCAGACCCCCCAUCCGACGUCUCGAAUCCACGAUGGACCGGACUGAGUACGCUGGAGCCCCCUCGAUGUCCAGUGGGGGCGGAGGAGUCUCCCGUAUCUCAUUGUCCUGGAGUGGACCAGCUACCACCGGCCUGAGGAGAGACACAUGGAACGAGGGGUUAAUGCGAUAAUCAUUUGGCAGUUGUAACCUGUAACAUACCUCGUUCAAUCUCCUCAGGACUUUAAAUGGCCCCACAAACCGCCGACCCAGCUUCCGGCAGGGCAGGCGAAGGGGCAGGUUUCGAGUCGAGAGCCAGACUCGAUCUCCAGGUGCAUACACUGGACCCUCACUGCGGUGGCGAUCGGCGCUCGCCUUCUGCCUAUGGAUAGCCCGCUGCAGAUGGACAUGCGCAGCGUUCCAUGUCUCCUCCGAGCGCCGAAACCAUUCAUCCACCGCAGGAGCCUCGAUCUGGCUCUGAUGCCAGGGUGCCAGAACCGGCUGAUACCCCAACACACACUGAAAAGGGGUCAGAUUCGUAGAGGAGUGGCGAAGGGAGUUCUGGGCAAUCUCUGCUCAGGGGAUAUACCCCGACCACUCCUCCUGCCGGUCCUGGCAAUAAGACCUCAGAAACCUACCCACAUCCUGGUUCACUCUCUCCACCUGCCCAUUACUCUCAGGGUGGAAACCCGAGGUAAGGCUAACCAAGACCCCCAAGCGUUCCAUAAACGCCCUCCAGACUCUAGAGGUGAACUGGGGACCCCGAUCAGACACUAUAUCCUCAGGUACCCCAUAGUGCCGGAAGACGUGAGUAAACAGGGCCUCAGCAGUUUGUAGGGCAGUAGGGAGACCCGGCAUUGGGAUGAGACGACAGGCCUUAGAAAACCGAUCCACAACGACCAGAAUAGUGGUAUUCCCCUGGGAGGGGGGAAGGUCUGUGACAAAGUCUACCGAUAGGUGAGACCACUGCCGUUGUGGAACGGGUAGGGGUUGUAACUUCCCCCUGGGCAGGUGUCUAGGCGCCUUACACUGAGCUCACACCGAGCAGGAGGAGACAUAAACCCUCAUGUCCUUUGUCAAUGUUGGCCACCAGUACUUUUCACUAAGGCAGUGCACUGUCCGGCCAAUACCAGGAUGUCCAGAGGAGGGUGACGUAUGAGCCCAAUAAAUUAGUCGAUCACGAAUCUCGAGCGGCACGUGCUUCCGCCCCUCCGGACACUCUGGAGGAGUAGGGUCGGUACGUAACGCCCGCUCGAUCUCCGCAUCGACCUCCCACACCACCGGUGCCACCAGACAAGACUCCGACAGUAUGGGAGUGGGCUCAAUGGACCUCUCCUCUGUGUCAUAUCGCCGGGACAGGGCGUCUGCCUUAACGUUCUGUGACUCUGGUAUAUAGGUGAGCUUAAAGACAAACCGGGCCAGAAACAUGGCCCACCUAGCCUGACGAGGGUUCAGUCUCCUAGCUGCCCGGAUGUACUCCAGGUUACGAUGGUCAGUCAGAAUGAGAAAAGGGUGUUGAGCCCCCUCAAGCCAAUGCCUCCACACCUUUAGGGCUUGGACCACAGCUAGCAGCUCCCUGUCCCCCACGUCAUAAUUACGUUCCGCCGGGCUGAGCUUCUUAGAGUAAAAAGCACAGGGCCGGAGUUUAGGAGGCGUGCCUGAGCGUUGAGACAGUACAGCCCCAAUACCAGCCUCUGAUGCGUCCACCUCCACUUGGAACGCCAAAGAGGGGUCCGGAUGUGCCAGCACCGGAACCGAGGUGAACAGGUCCUUCAGUUGUCUAAACGCCCUGUCCGCCUCAGCCGACCACUGCAAACGCACCGGGCCCCCCUUUAGCAGGGAGGUGAUGGGAGCUGCUACCUGUCCAAAACCCUGGAUAAACCUCCGGUAGUAAUUGGCAAAACCCAAAAACCGCUGCACCUCCUUAACCGUGGUAGGAGUCUGCCAAUUACGCACGGCUGAAACGCGGUCAAUCUCCAUCUCCACCCCUGACGCGGACAACCGAUGGCCCAGGAAGGAGAUGGACUCCUGGAAAAACAGGCAUUUCUCCGCCUUCACAUACAAGUCAUGCUCCAACAGCCUUCCCAACACUCGACGCACCAGGGCCACAUGCUCGGCUCGUGUAGCAGAGUAUACUAGAAUGUCGUCAAUAUACACCACUACACCCUGCCCAUGCAAAUCCCGGAAAAUCUCAUCCACAAAUGAUUGGAAGACUGAAGGAGCAUUCAUUAACCCAUAUGGCAUGACGAGAUACUCAUAGUGACCCGAGGUGGUACUAAAUGCUGUUUUCCAUUCAUCUCCCUCCCUAAUGCGCACCAGGUUGUAGGCGCUCCUGAGAUCCAAUUUUGUGAAGAAGCGCGCUCCGUGUAAUGACUCCGUCAUACUCGCAAUCAGAGGGAGAGGAUAACUGUAUUUAACAGUGAUCUGAUUGAGACUACGGUAAUCAAUACACGGGCGCAAACCUCCAUCCUUCUUCUUCACAAAAAAGAAACUCGAGGACGCAGGAGAAGUGGAGGGCCGUAUGUAUCCCUGUCUCAGAGACUCGGCGAUGUAUGUCUCCAUAGCCGCCGUCUCCUCUUGAGACAAAGGAUACACAUGACUACGCGGAAGUGCAGCACCUGCCUGGAGGUCUAUCGCACAAUCCCCCUGUCUAUGAGGUGACAAUCGCGUCGCCCUCUUCUUACUGAACACGAGUGCCAAAUCAUCAUACUCAGGAGGAAUGUGCAGUGUGGGCAUUUGGUUCGGACUUUCCACCGUGGUCGCCCCUACGGAAACACCUAUACACCGCCCGACACACUGAUCAGACCACACCCUGAGAGCCCUCUGUUGCCACGAAAUGGUGGGGUCAUGAGAGAUUAACCAAGGAAGCCCCAGCACCACGGGAAACGCAGGAGAGUCGAUCAGAUACAACUGUAUGAUUUCCUCAUGAUCCCUCUGCGUCUUCAUCUUUAGUGGCGCCGUGACCUCCCUAAUUAAACCUGAUCCCAAAGGACGGCUAUCUAGGGCAUGAAUAGGACAUCUACUGGUAGGAGGGGAAUCCCUAACUUAACACAGAAAUUAUGAUCAAUAAAAUUCCCAGCUGCGCCUGAAUCGACUAGCGCCUUAUGCUGGGAAUGAGAUGGAAACCUGGGGAAAUUCAACUUGAAUACACAAGUGGACAACAGAGAGCCCUGGGUGAGUUGGGCGCCUACUCACCUGAAAUGACUCAUCAGUGCGUGACGUGUUGCCUCGAUCCCCAGGAGACCCUCCCCAGCACCGAACCGCAGUGUGUCCUCUACGGCCACAGUUGGUGCAGGGGACGGCCUCUCUCCGGGUCUCUCUCCUCCUCUCUCUAGCACCAGCACCCCCGAGCUCCAUAGGGCUCGGCUCGGAGGUGCUGGGGGAUGGAAUGGACGGCCCCAACUCCGGACGUCCGCGGGUAGCCAGCAGGGUAUCCAGACGGAUCGACAUGUCCACCAACUGAUUGAAGCUUAGGUUGGUGUCCCUGCAGGCCAACUCUCUGCGAACGUCCUCUCGUAGGCUGCACCGAUAGUGGUCAAUGAGGGCCCUCUCAUUCCACCCCGCAUUAGCCGCCAGAGUCCGGAAGUCCAGGGCGAACUCUUGUGCGCUCCUCUUCCCCUGUCGGAGGUGGAACAGACGCUCCCCCGCCGCUUUACCCUUUGGGGGAUGAUCGAAAACCGCCCUGAAGCGGCGGGAGAACUCCGCAUAGCUGAUGGUGGCGGCGUCUAUUCCCCUCCAUUCGGCCCACUCCAAUGCCUUGCCGGAUAGACAGGAGAUGAGGGCGGAAACGCUCUCGUAUCCCGAGGGCGCCGGGUGAAUGGUUGCCAGGUAGAGUUCCACUUGAAGUAGGAAACCCUGACACCCGGCUGCGGUGCCAUCAUAUGCCCUCAGGAGCGAGAGCCGAAUCCCACUGGACUCCGGAGAUGGAACGAUGGGUCUGACCGAUGGUGGUGGUAGAGUAGGAGGAGGUGUGGGCAAGCCUCCUCUUUCCCAUCGGCUCAGAGUGUCCAUCACAUCUUGCAUGGCGGUGCCAAGUCUACGGAUCAUGGCGUCCUGGCUGCUGACCCGAUCCUCCAGAGACUCAGUUACCACCGCUGGUCCUGCUGACUCCAUGGUUGGUGUGUUAUUCUGUCAGAUGGGGUGAUGUGUAUGCGGCGGUGAAGUCAGGCGCAGGACACAGAGGAUCAGGAUGACUACUUUACUACAAGUAAACACGCACAAAACAAAGGUCUCCACAACACUGGAGGAGUAACACGCGCUGUGCGUAAAAGGCAAACUAGAAUUGCCGAACAUCAAACAGGACAAAAUGACAAUAACACACAAAGGCCAAACGUAAAACAAGGGAACUUAUAUGUUACACAAUCAAAACAAAAUAAGUAACAGGUGUACAAACUAGACAACACAAGACAAACACCGAAACAUCGAUCGGCAGUAGCUAGUAUUCCGGGGACGACGAACGCCGAAGGCUGCCCGAGCAAGGAGGAGGAGCAGCCUCGGCGGAAUCCGUGACACUUAUUCUAAAAUGGAUUAAAUAAAUGUAUUCCCUCAUCAAUCUACAAACAAUACCCCAUAACAACAAAGCGAAAACAGGUUUUUAGAAAAUCUUGCAAAUGUAUUACAAAUAAAAAACAGAAAUACCUUAUUUACAUAAGUAUUCAGACCCUUUGCUGUGAGACUCGAAAUUGAGCACAGGUGCAUCCUAUUUCCAUUGAUCAUCCUUGAGAUGUUUCCACAACUUGAUUGGAGUCCACCUGUGUAAACACAUGAUUUGGAAAGGCACACACCUGUCUAUAUAAGGUCCCACAGUUGACAGUGCAUGUCAGAGCAAAAACCAAGUCAUGAGGUUGAAGGAAUUGUCCGUAGAGCUCCGAGACAGGAUUGUGUCGAGGAACAGAUCUGGGGAAUGGUACCAACAUUUUUUUGCAGCAUUGGAGGUCCCAAGAACACAGUGGCCUCCAUCAUUCUUAAAUGGAAGAAGUUUGGAACCUCCAAGACUCUUCCUAGAGCUGGCUGCCCGGCCAAACUGAGCAAUCGGGGGAGAAGGGCCUUGGUCAGGGUGGUGACCAAGAACCCGAUGGUCACUCUGACAGAGCUCCAGAGUUCCUCUGUGGAGAUGGGAGAACCUUCCAGAAGGACAACUAUCUCUGCAGCACUACACCAAUCAGGCCUUUAUGGUAGAGUGGCCAGAUAGAAGGCACAUGACAGCCCGCUUGGAGUUUGCCAAGAGGCAAAUCAAGUACUCUCAGACCAUGAGACUAGUCAGGAUUGAGGGAAAGAUGAAUGGAGCAAAGUACAGAGAGAUCCUUGAUGAAAACCUGCUCCAGAGCGCUCAGGACCUCAUACUGGGGCGAAGGUUCACCUUCCAACAGGACAACGACCCUAAACACACAGCCAAGACAAUGCAGGAGUGGCUUCGGGACAAGUCUCUGAAUGACCUUGAGUGUCCCAGCCAGAGCACGGACUUGUACCCGAUCAAACAUCUCUGGAGAGACCUGAAAAUAGCUGUGUAGCGAUGCUCCCCAUCCAACCUGACAGAGCUUGAGAGGAUCUGCAGAGAAUAAUGUGAGAAACUCCCCAAAUACAGGUGUGCCAAUUUUGUAGCAUCAUACCCAAGAAGACUCGAGGCUGUAAUCACUGCCAAAGGUGCUUCAACAAAGUACUGAGUAAAGUGUCUGAAUACUUAUGUAAAUGUGAUAUUUCAGUUUAUUUUUAAUAAAUUGGCAAACAUUUCUAAAAACCAGUUGUUACUUUGUUAUUAUGGGUUAUUGUAUGUAGAUUGAUAAGAAAUAAACAAACAAUUUAAUCCAUUUAAGAAUAAGGCUGUAACGUAACAAAAUGUGGAAAAGGUCAAGGGGUCUGAAUACUUUCCGAAUGCACUGUUUAUGGAAGAACAUUGCAAGGUCUUGCUGUGGCUCGUGACAGAGGAACCUAUAUCUGAGGUCCAAAUAAUCUUAAAUCAUGUUUAUUUAUUUUUUUCCCCCCAGAUCGUCCAGGAGUUUAAUACGCUUGUGGCCCUGUAUCGUGAACUGGUCAUCUCCAUUGGCGAGAUCUCUGUCGACUGCCCCUCGUUACAGGCCGAGAUGCACAAGACGCGAACUAAAGGCUGUGAGAUGGCGAGAGCUGCACACCAGAGCCUGUCAGUCAUUUCAGGGUAAGUAGCGGUCGCUGUCCCUGGUGCUGAAAGACAACGCUAGGGCUGUGUCACAGACAUUGGCCACAGCCUUCUAUUAAAACCUCAGCUUGGAAAUGUUACUUUGGUUUCAGCCUCUGCUUUCAGUUUAGAGUGACCUGUGUGAGCUUUGAUCUGACUGAUCUGUACAGGGUUGUAUUUGCAGCGUAGAAAACACUAUGGAAAUGCAUGUUUUUAUUAUUUAUUAACUUUAUUUAACAACAGAGUUUUAAACGGCCUUAUCUACACCAGGAAUCCAGUUGUAAUUUGUUUUGUAAGGUGUUCCAUAACUAUGGUCCGUUAAAACAAAAGGUUGGAUUUACCAAACUUUGUGGAGACAAGCGGGACCUCAAGAGUUAACCAACCCUGCCCAACGGGUUUGAUAUCUCAUAUUUGUAUAUUUCAACAGGGAAGUGAGGUACACUAUAUAUACAAAAGUAUGUGGUCACCCCUUCAAAUUAGUGGAUUCGGGCUAUUUCAGCCACACCCGUUGCUGACAGGUGUAUAAAAUUGAGCACACAGCCAUAUAAUCUCCAUAGACAAACAUUGGCAGUAGAAUGGCCUUACUGAAGAGCUCAGUGACUUUCAACGUGGCACCAUCAUAGGAUGCCACCUUUCUAACAAGUUAGUUCGUCAAUAUUCUGCCCUGCUAGAGCUGCCCCGGUCAACUGUAAGUGCUGUUAUUGUAAAGUGGAAACGUCUAGGAGCAACAACGGCUCAGCCGCGAAGUGGUAGGCCACACAAGCUCACAGAACGGGACCGCAUAAUGCUGAAGAGCGGUUGCAACACUCACUACCGAGUAACAAACUGCCUCUGGAAGCAACGUCAGCACAAGAACUGUUCGUCAGGAGCUUCAUGAAAUGGGUUUCCAUGGCCGAGCAGCCGCACACAGGCCUAAGAUCACCAUGCGCAAUGCCAAGCGUCAGCUGGAGUGGUGUAAAGCUCGUCACCGCCAUUGGACUCUGGAGCAGUGGAAAUGUGUUUUCUGGAGGGAUGAAUCACGCUUCACCAUCUGGCAGUCCGAUGGACUAAUCUGGGUUUGGCGGAUGCCAGGAAAACGCUACCUGCCCGAAUGCAUAAUGCCAACUGUAAAAUUUGGUGGAGGAGGAAUAAUGGUCUGGGGCUAUUUUUCAUGGCUCCGGCUAGGCCCCUUAGUUCCAGUGAAGCGAAAUCUUAACGCUACAGCAUACAAUUAUAUUCUAGUCUGUGGGUUGCUCCAGGGGAUGGCCGGCUCAGUAACCCAGGUCCAGAAUUUGAAUGGGAAGGGCUUGGGGGGCGGAGUAGGUUCCUCGUUGGAGGCCCCCGGUGAAGUCAGGGGGCUCAGUGACGAAAAACAUUUAGAGAGCCGCAGGUCUGGACGAGAUGGGAGAGGGAGAAUGCAUUAGAAUGAUCCUCCUCUCCUUCUUCUAACUCGAUUCCACUUUGCUUCCGAUGGUGUAGAGCAAAACGCAGUAGAUCUCCGGUUCUCAUUGGUGGGAUUUAUUAAUACAGGAAAGGUAGUAUCCUCAGUAGCUAUUGCAGAAGAGCCCAAUCUCGUAACGCACCCUGGAUUUUCCUCUCAGUCAUUUAGAAUCGUCGCAUCAAAAACAGCAUGCAGUCUUGAAGUCUCCUUAAGGUGUCAGCAUGCUGUAGUUCAGCUAGGCGAAAUGAAUGAGUGUGCUCGCAUACUCCCUUAAAAGAACUUCGCUUGAAAAAGGAGAAAAAAGUGGCAAAAGUACUGUUUGUCCAAUUUGAGACGCCGUAGCCAGUAUACGGGACCAUUUUUGUCAAUGGAUAUUGUUCUCGGCUCAUACAGGAGUGAUUUUUGAAAUGUUUAUAUUAAUUAUUUUUCAAUUGUUAUCAGGGGGGGGCUGCAGCACCCUCAGCACCCCUACUUCCCGCGGCUAUGUUUCCACAGUUUAGUGGGCUAUCCUUAUCACUGAGUGUGAUAUUGACCUGCCAUACUGCUGCUAAGGAGUUGGUUUAGAGUUUGCUACAGUAUUGCAGAAGAGUUCCACUGACUUUGCAGUUGAUUCAGACACUAAUGGAACUUUGUCUGUGGAUCAUUAUGAGAGAAAGCAGUAGCAGUAUUACUUAUUUGGAGGAUUUACACUCCUUGACUUUUUACACAUUUUGUUGUGUUACAAGGUGGGAUUAAAAUGGUUUUAAUUGUCAUUUUCUGUCAACGAUCUACACAAAAUACUUGAAUGUCAAAGUGGAAGAAAAAGUCAAACCUCUUUUUUUUAUUAAUGGAAAAUAAAACACCAAUAUAUCUUGAUUAGAUAAGUAUUCAACCCCCUGAGUCAAUACAUGUUAGAAACACCUUUGGCAGCAUUUACAGCUGUGAGUCUUUCUGGGUAAGUCUCUAAGCGCUUUGCACACCUGGAUUGUACAGUAUUUGCACAUUAUUAUUUAAAAAAUCUUCAAGCUCUGUCAAGGUGGUUGUUGAUCAUUGUUAGACAGCCAUUUUCAAGUCUUGCCAUAGAUUUUCAAGCCGAUAUACUGUAAGUGAAAACUGUAACUAGGCCACUCAGGAUCAUUCAAUGUCAUCUUGGUAAGCAACUCCAGUGUAUAUUUGGCCAUGUGUUUUAGGUUAUUGUCCUGCUGAAAGGUGACUGUUGGAAAGCAGACUGAACCAGGUUUUCCUCUAGGAUUUUGUGUGUGCUUAGCUCUAUUCCGUUUCUUUAAAUCCUAAAAAACGUCCUAGUCCUUGCCGAUGACAAGCAUACCCAUAGCAUGAUGCAGCCAACACCAUGCUUAAAAAUAUGAAGAGUAGUACUCAGUGAUGGGUUGUGUUGGUGCCCUUCUUUGUGAGGCAUUGGAAAACCUCCCUGCUCUUUGUGGUUGAAUCUGUUUGAAAUUCACUGCUUGACUAAGGGACCUUAAAGAUAAUUAUAUGUGUGGGGUACAGAGAUGAGGUAGUCAUUAAAAAAUCAUGUUAUAUACUAUUAUUGCACACAGAGUGAGUCCAUGCAACUUGUUAUGUGAUUUGUUAAGCAAAUGUUUACUCCAAUUUAGGCUUGCCAUAACAAAGGGGUUGAAUACUUAAUGAUGCAAGACAUUUCAUUUUUUAUUUUUUAUUAAUUUGUAAACAUUUCUAAAAACAAAUAAUUCCACUUUAACAUUAUGGGAAAUUAUGUGUAGGCCAGUGACUCAAAAUCUCAAUUGAAUCCAUUUUAAAUGCAGGCUGUAGCACAACAGCAUUUGGGAAAAGUCAAGGGGUGUGAAUACUUUCUGAAGGCACUGUAGCUGUAACUUUAUUUGUUGUUACUUUAUGCCCCUGCUGCUUACAGAAUGACUUGUAGCAGAUGUAGGACCUUAGUUUGAUCACUCUUUUGUUACUAAGAAUUUUCCUGCACAGAAGGAAAUGCAAACUUGAAGUGUAUUCAAGGUUUAAAAAGGCUUCUAAAGUUUGUAAUUUCCAUUUAAAAUGUCAGACUUGAUUUGCCCUAAUGACAAAUAUAUCAACCCCUACAAAAAAUUGCCAUUAAUUAUAAUCCAUAUAAUAAUUCACAUUUCUUGUUGCUGCAGGAUUAUUUUCCUGCUGUAGAAAACUGGUUCAAAUUAAGAUCCUACAUCUGUACCAUUACAGGUAAUUGACCAGCUUUUCAGAUCCCUCCAAAACAUGCUGAAAUUUCAGGCGGUCUUUUCAAACAGCUCUUACACUAAAAGGGCAUUAUCACAAUUUUGCAGUAUUAUUCCAACCUCAUAGUGUGGACACAUAUAUACAUCACAGGAAAAUCACGUUUUUGACUGCACUGGGUACCAUUCCACGUAAAGUACUUCAUAUGCUCUUUUGAUAGCCUGGUCCUAUUUGUAUGUGCUUUAGCCAAGUGCUAAAGCUAAUAGCACAUACUAAACUUGUGUUCCAAGAAUGUGCAAAGUUGUAAGGGAUGACCAAGCAUGCAAUGGGAGACAACUGAAUAGGGUGCAAAUAUUAGGGGAUUUAUUUUCCCAAACUUGAAGUUGUUUACAAAGUAAGAUACUGUAUAUCAAAAACCAUAGUACCAGAGAGGAAGAGGCGAAGGGCGAGGUUUUAUUCAGCUCAAAAUCUUUCCACGAAAAUAAGCCCACGAAGUGGGGACUUUAUGUAUGGAGGUCAAUGAGUGUCGAAUUUGUUCAUAAAAAAAUGUAAUUGCUAAUUUGCUACGGAAGGCUUAUUUGAUCUAAUAGAAGUUUCGUAAUGGUUAGGUUGUUAUGAAUGAACUGAUAUAAGUGGACGGAAGUGGCAUUUCGGCAAGUUACAUAAAAACAUCUUUAUAUCAGAGUUGUGCCUGUUGUCAAAGAGAUAGAGGAUUCAUCAUGGAUAUAACACGUUUUAACAUGGACAUUACCAUUGAGGGCUUCCACCAUUUUAAAGUAGUCAACUGGGUGAGGAUUCCUAUGAGUUGGUAGCAAUCAGCAAAUGAAGAAGAAUAAAAUUGACUACUUUAAAAUCGAGAUAGCCUCAAUGGCGCUGCCCAGGCAGUCACAGAUGGUAUUAUGGCACAGAUACAAAGAUGAGUCUUUUACCUAUCUCUAUCUGCCCUCUCACUGGUGUGGCGUACCGUGGCAAGCCACCAGGGGGAGACUCGUCGAGGCCUGGUGACAGAUGGAGUCUACAUCACGCGGCGGUGGCUCCCUCUGCUGGACGUGCCAGGUCUCGACGGGUCGUCCGGACAGGACUAUUUGGUGCUGAUUGAGGCUGGUGAGUAAUCAAGGGGCUGAUUGCUCACCAGCCAUACAGGGCCCAUAAAGCUGCCAGGAGGGCAGCACACGGGAGGGUUGGAGGUAGUGAGAGGUUGCUACUGGACAGACGUCCUCACAGUCUGCUAGAACCGAGGGGCUCGGUGUUCUACCCCAGAUCAAACAUAUUUGAGGACAUGUAUUUCCAUACUUGAAUUUCUUGUCAAUAUAAUAGACAAUAUUUGAUAGUGCAUAGAAAUAGUACACAAAGGUCUGUAAAUUAAUGAAAGUAAAACUGUUCUAACACCUCACAUAUAGAUACAUGUAUAAUUGAGGUCUACAUAGCAGAACAAGAGCAACUCCAAGGGUUAACUGAACCGAUAACAAUUCAAAGAAGGUGUGUCUUUGAUACUUGAAACGAAAGCCAUGUGUUGGGUCAUUAUUUGAUUAGACACAAAAUGUUUGAUGAAAAUGAAUGUUAAAGUGCAAAGAAUAGGGACAGUUAGCUGUUCAGCUACAUGUGGCCGUCACAAAAGUAAUUUGUUUAAUACUCUGUCUGUCUGUCACCACAUUACUUACUUAAUUCUUAUGUGGAACACAAGGCUUCCACAAGAAAGAGCCAUGUCCCCACAUUGCCCAUGCUUAAUCCAAGUGAUUUUGAAUCUUCAUGUACAAAGUGGACAGAUGCCAUGUGUGAAGAGGUGGAAAUACUAUUUUUCGCUGUCUGUUCCCUCAUGUCUGUCAUUUUGUCUGAACCUUAGGAACUCAACAUAUCUUCCAAGACGUUGUUGUGCUGUUAUCUUAUCCAAAUCUUAAAAAUAUAAUUGCCGCUCAACAUUGAUAGGGCAUAUGUGCAAUGUUGAUGUGUAAUGUCUAAUUUAUUGUUGUGUUGGUGUGGUGACUUUUUUGGUUUAUUGUGCAUCAUUUUUUACUUUGUAGACCUUUUCUGUACAUCCUUGUGGUAAAUGAACACUGUAGAUGCAAAGUUAUGUGCAAGCAGAGAGUAAAGUAUUAUCUUAUCUCAUGGGUAAUCUCAAUAUUGAUUGGCAUUUGUUUGUACGGCCCCACAGGCCUGAGGACGGAGAGAUCCACCCAGAGAUCUGCAGGCUCUUCAUCCAGCUGCAGUGCUGUCUGGAGAUGUACAUCACGGAGAUGCUCAAGUCUGUCUGUCUGCUGGGGUCCCUGCAGCUCCACAGGAAAGGUAGGGAAUGCCUGACAUAAAACAACAUACAAUUAUAACGUGACGUAGAGCCUAUAUAGCACUAUUAUAGCCAGAGACGUGAAGCCUACAUAGGUCUGCCUGUCUGAUGGGAUCCCUGAAACUGCACAGGACUGCUAUAGAACACUUUAUUUAUUACUUUACACAGAUUCAAAUCCUUAAUUGCGCUAUUUUCAGCUACUAUUCACUGUUUACUAGGGAUGUAAUGUUACACAUAUUUGUACCGAUCCGUUUGGUACAAGUACCUCGGUUCGGUCCGCACUGUGAACCCGAAUGAAUACAUAACAAAAUGCGUUGUAUGCCAUUGCCACGUGAGUAAAUCUGACCUGAAACAACAUUGCGGGCUAUUCCGUUAAAACAACUACAGCCUAUGUGCACAUAAUACAAAUUAUAAUCUAAAUUGGUGGAUUUCAAACUAUCCUUUUGUGAGGAGCAGCCGGGAACUCUGUAGAUGGCGAGAGGUGGGGCGAGUGGUGGCCUUGACACACCUCCAUGUGUGGCAAAGCAAGUUAGGAGAUUAUCUAAUCAAUGGAAGAUGGAAUUAAAAUGAUGGAAUUAAAAGUUAAAGGAGAAGUAUACACUACCGGUCAAAUGUUUUAGAACACCUACUCAUUCAAGGGUUUUUCUUUAUUUUUAAAAAACUAUUUUCUACAUUGUAGAAUAAUAGUGAAGACAUCAAAACUAUGAAAUAACACAUAUGGAAUCAUGUAGUAACCAAAAAAGUGUUAAACAAAUAAAAAUAUAUUUUAUAUUUGAGAUUCUUCAAAUAGCCACCCUUUGCCUUGAUGACAGCUUUGCACACUCUUGGCAUUCUCUCAUUCUCUGGAAUGCUUUACCAACAGUCUUGAAGGAGUUCCCACAUAUGCUGAGCACUUGUUGGCUGCUUUUCCUUCACUCUGCGGUCCGACUAAUCCAAACCAUCUCAAUUUGGUUGAGGUCGGGGGAUUGUGGAGGCCAGGUCAUCUGAUGCAGCACUCCAUCACUCUCCUUCUUGGUGAAAUAGCCCUUACACAGCCUGGAGGUGUGUUGGGUCAUUGUCCUGUUGAAAAAUAAAUGAUAGUCCCACUAAGCCCAAAACAGAUGGGAUGGCGUAUCGCUGCAGAAUGCUGUGGUAGCCAUGCUGGUUAACUGUGCCUUGAAUUCUAAAUAAAUCACAGACAGUGUCACUAGCAAAGCACCCCCACACCAUGCUUCACCUCCUCCAUGCUUUACGGUGGGAAAUACACAUGAGGAGAUCAUCCAUUCACUGCACUUGAAGAAACUUUAAAAGUUCUUGAAAUGUUCCAUAUUGACUGACCUUCAUGUGUCACGACUUCGGCCGAGGCUGCCUCCCCUCCUUGUUCGGGCAGGCUUCGGCGUUCGUCGUCACCGGAGUACUAACCACUGCUGCCCCAAUCAUCAUCACAAUUGUCCUGUCUUGUUAUCACACACACCUGGUUCUAAUCCCCUAAUUAGUCCGUGUAUAAGUGUUCCCUCUGCCCCCCUGUCCUUGUGGGUGAUUGUUUAUUGUGGAGGUUAGUGAAGCUCGGUGGAGCUCGUGUAUUUUGUAUCAACGGGAGUAUUUUCCCGUGUGCCUUGUAUUUUCCAGUGCACCUGUUUUGUGCCCUGGAGUGUGUUUGACGCAUUUUUGCGUAACCCUGUAUUUUGCGGAUUAAAGCCUGUUAUUCUGUGAUUUACCCUCCUGCGCCUGACUCCUUCAACACCACCUCAUCACAUCAUGUCUUAAAGUAAUGAUAGACUGUCAUUUCUCUUUGCUUAUUUGAGCUGUUCUUGCCGUAAUAUGGACUUGGUCUUUUACCAAAUAGGGCUAUCUUCUGAAUACCCCACCUACCUUGUCACAACACAACUGAUUGUCACAAAAGGAAAGAUAUUCCACAAAUUAACUUUUAAGAAGGUACACCUGCUAAUGAAAAUGCAUUCCAGGUGACUACCUAAUGAAGCUGGUUAAGAGAAUGCCAAGAGUGUGCAAAGCUGUCAUUGUGGCAAAGGGUGGCUAUUUGAAGAAUCUCAAAUAUAUCUUUAUUUGUUUAACACUUUUUUGGUUACUACAUGAUUCCAUAUGUGUUAUUUCAUAGUUUUGAUGUCUUCACUAUUAUUCUACAAUGUAAAAAAUAGUAAAAAUAAAGAAAAACCCUUGGAAUGUAGGUGUUCUAAAACAUUUGACCAGUAGUGCAUGCUACAAUGAACAAGAGCCAACAAGUAGGUUGCUAUUUAAUAAUCUGAAUGGAGGUCUUGUUAUUUGUAACUGUAGGACAGGAAGAAGGCGCAUGCAGACUCAAUUAGCCUGCUCUCCCUUGCGCUGUAUCAGGUCUGGUUAAUAAAAUAGCUUACAAAUGGGCUUUUCUGCUGCUUCCCUCACUCGGAUCCGACAACGUAUAUACGGAACGGGUCUCUAUAUUGAAAAAUGUAUUUAUGCAUAUUUGUCCGGUUGGGAAAGCCCCAUGUCCAUUUCGGAACGGGUCCAACUGUUUAGACCUCUACUUGAGGCCCAACAUAACAAUCCCUGUUACAACAGACAGUGUCAGGAACAUUGUGAAUGAUGUCACAGAAACUGGACUUGGGCCACAAAUAAGGUGCUUUUUAAUUGUGCGAAUUUUGUCAAAGAAACAAAAAUUAACUACAGUAACUGUUGAAUUUCAUUUUCCCGCUGUACCGUAACCGAACCGUGACCCCAAAACCGCAAUACAUACCGAACCGUGGGUUUGGUGAACCAUUACACCCCUACUGUUUACUUUGUAAAACAUGUAAUUACUAUUACAUUACUAUUAUUAUUAAUAGUGUGCAUGUGUGUAUGUGUAUUAAAGGGAAGGAUUCCUGUGGGCCUUCCAGGAUUGACAGUAAGGUGGAUGAGACCUCAGACAUACCCAUUCUAGAAGACACCUCCUCCUCCCCAAUGGACUGUCAUCAGCUCUGCUGGCUAGUCGCCACAGACAUAGACAAUACUGAGAGGUGGGCCCAUUGUGUGUGUGUGUGUGUGUGUGUGUGUGUGUGUGUGUGCGUGCGUGUUAUUACCGGAAUUCUGGAUACAUUAGCAAGACACAUAUGAACACUAUGUAAAUAUUAUUUCAUAGGGACAUGAGAGAGAUGAAGAACCUUCUCAGCAAACUCAGGGAGACGAUGCCUUUACCAUUGAAGAACCAAGGUAGGGCCUCAACUGGAGCGCACCCAUGGUUUCUAUAUGCUUGAAUCCUAUGUGAGUUAAAUACACAGUUAAAAUGACUUUGAGAUUAGUUUGAACUUGUAAUUGUCUUGUCUGUGUUUGUACCCAGAUGACAGCAGCUUGCUGAACCUGACUCCUUACCCACUGGUCGGACAGAGAAAGAGGCGGUUCUUUGGGCUCUGUUGCCUGGUAACCAGCUAAGGGCUCCACCCUCCUGGGUUGAAGGCGGCAACAGUAACGCUUUACUUGAAGUGUUGUUCAUGGCACAACCAUAACAUUGUCCAAAGAACAUUGUAAAGUGUCAUAAGACAUGCCAAAAUGUGACAAUUUUUUUAUAAAAGCUUAUGUUAACUGGAAUAACUUAUAUUUGCCUUUCAUGACCAAUAUAUUUAUUUGCUUUAUGACAUAGUGUCGUAAGAUAUUGACAGUUGUCAUAACAGUGCCCCAUAACGGAAAUAGCAUAGUAUGUCAUGUUUUGGAAUGUGUUAUGACACUUUAAGAUACGCUUAUGACACUGUUAUGGAUGUGUCAUGAACAACACAUCAAGUAAAGCGUUACAAUGGCAGCAAAGACACCAUUAACCACAAUCCUUCACCACUUGUGUCUCCCACCGAUCUAUUACUGCCAUUUCCAAUAUUCAACACAGUUCUCUCUUUUGUUGAAAAGGCUACCUACCCCAUUUUUAUAAUUUUAUUUUGUAAUACAAAGAUGAAUUGUAAUUGCAAUGUAAUGAAACGAAUAGUCAUAAACAUAUAUUUUAAAUGUAUUACAACUGAUUUUCCUUUUAUUUGGUAAAUGGAGUCCAACAUUUUGUUUGUCAGAGGUUUUCGGGAGAGAGAAAGACCAUUUGACACAGUAUGCAGGUUUCCAUUGACCCA